AUGGACGGCAUCAAGCGGAAAAUUGAGGUUAUGCGGGCGGACAUCGACGCCGGAGCCACCAAAAUCGAGGAACAGAAGGCCCGCAUCAAGGAGCUGGAACAGGAGAACCUAGCCAAAGAACAAGAGGUAACCUCACUCACCCACCGGAAUCAGCUGCUUGAGACGAGGUUAGAGACACUCGAGACCACGCUCAAGGAGGCCAAAUCCAAAGCGAGCGAGGCGGCUCAAGACAGUACACAGAACGAGUCCCUGCAGCGCCGUAUACAGCUUAUGGAGGAGGAGGCCGAGCAGACUGAUAAGACUCUCAGAGAGACCAACGAGAAGCUGCGCCAAACGGACGUCAAGGCCGGCCACUUCGAGCGUAAAGUGCAGGCUCUCGAGGCCACUCGCGAGCAGUGGGAGACCAAAUACGAGGAGAUGUCGAAGCAGUACGCUGCCGUCAAGGAAGAGCUCAAGGAAUUGGAGCGGUCUAUCAGCGAUGUCUAG